GGAGUAUUGCUGCAUGCAGCAGCUGGUGGUGGUAUUAGCACCUGGGAAGAAGAGCUUGUACACACACAAGUUGGAUGAUGGUUAUAGGUUCUGAACACAAUCUGGUGCAUGUCCAUUGGAGCAGAUAAGUUGAAUGAUUUCUCGGUGUUAAAAGGAAGACUCGCACUAAUUAGCAGCAUUGCCGCUGUCUUCGGUGGCAGCUGUUUCGCUGUACGCCAGAGUGGAGAGCAGCAAGUGGUCGAGCGAUGGAAGCUGCGCCAGGUGAAUCCGAUAAGGGAAGGGCGGGUUGUGCGGAUGUUUCGAGCAUGACGAGUUCGGGGGGUGAACGAAGAGAGAAGCCAAGGAAGACUGGCUUCUAUAUCUUCUUCUUGGACAUCAGGCGAGUGUUCAGGAUGGACGAGCUGGGGCAGGAGAUUCUGAGGAUUGCAGUGCCUGCAGCACUGGCUUUAGCUGCUGAUCCACUUGCUUCUCUGGUUGACACUGCAUUCAUCGGCAGACUAGGCUCGGUGGAGAUCGCUGCCGUAGGCGUUUCUAUUGCCAUUUUCAACCAAGUUUCAAAGAUAUGUAUCUACCCUCUUGUUAGUGUCACAACAUCCUUUGUGGCAGAGGAAGAUGCAAUCAUGAGCACAUGUGUUGAAGAAGUGAAAGGUGAAGACUUGGAAAAGGCAUGUCCUGCAAAUGCUGAAACAGAAGAGCUCCCUCCUUGCGACGAUUCUGAGAAGAUAGGGUGCACUGCAUCUUUUGUUCCGAAAUUUUGCGGAGGAUUUGGCGGCAACCGCAGAUACAUUCCUUCGGUUUCUUCAGCCCUGAUCGUUGGUGGAGUGGUUGGACUUCUUCAGGCUGUUUUCCUUAUUUUUGCAGCAAAAUUCGUGUUGAGAAUUAUGGGUGUGAAUUCUGAAUCACCUAUGCUUGCCCCAGCAUUGAGGUAUUUGACAUUAAGAUCUCUUGGUGCACCUGCUGUUCUCUUGUCAUUAGCAAUGCAAGGGGUUUUUCGAGGAUUUAAGGACACUAAAACUCCUCUGUAUGCAACUGUGGUCGGAGAUGUCAGCAACAUCAUUUUGGACCCAGUCUUGAUGUUUGUUUUCCAUAUGGGUGUCAGUGGUGCAGCUAUUGCUCAUGUUAUUUCUCAGUACCUCAUAACACUGAUACUACUAUGUAGACUAGUGCUGAAAGUUGAUAUCGUGCCGCCUAGUAUGAAAGCCCUGAAAUUUAGACGAUUUCUGAGAUGUGGAUUUCUGCUGUUGGCACGGGUGAUAGCUGUAACAUUUUGUGUCACACUAGCAGCAUCAUUGGCUGCACGCCAUGGACCGACUUCUAUGGCAGCUUUCCAGGUCUGCUUGCAACUUUGGUUGGCAACAUCUCUUCUUGCUGAUGGAUUAGCUGUCGCAGGGCAGGCAAUACUUGCCACAUCAUUUGCCAAAGGAGAUCAUGACAAGGUUGUCGUUGCUACAGCUCGCGUCUUGCAGUAUAGCAUUCUAUUGGGGAUUGGUCUCACGGUUAUGCUUGGAGUAGGAGUUCAAUUUGGAUCUGGUAUAUUCACCAAGGACAUGAAUGUGCAGAGAAUAAUCCACAAAGGCCUCCCAUUUGUUGCCGGAACGCAAACAAUCAAUUCCUUGGCCUUCGUAUUUGAUGGAAUCAACUUUGGAGCAUCUGAUUACACAUAUUCUGCAUAUUCUAUGGUUGUAGUGGCUUCUAUUAGCAUUCCCUGCCUUAUAUACCUCUCCUCAACUCAUGGAUUCAUUGGAAUCUGGAUUGCACUAACAAUCUACAUGAGCAUAAGGACAUUUGCCAGUGCUUGGAGGAUGGGAGCAGCAAGGGGGCCAUGGACUUUCCUAUGGAAAUGAUACAUGUCCUAUCUCAACAGGAUCUACUUUUUGUUUGAAGAAGGCAGCUAUAUACAUAUGUAUAGAAUAAAAAGAUUUAGUGAGCAUGUCCCCCUUCUUUUCUCUCUUUUUUUUCUUGAUCCUUGUAGGUUUUGGUGAUCCCCUCAACCAUCUUAAAGACAAAAGAAAAAGGAAGAAAAAAGAGAUCAACAACAUCAUAGCCAUGCUCAUUUGUUACUUGAGCUCAAAGAGUAGCAGCAUAACCUAAUGAAAUCUUCUACUUAUCUUGGUGAAUAAAACACCUUUGUGCUUGUCUUGUAAGAGUGACAUUGUAGCUGCAUAUGAUUGGGUGUUGCAUUCA